AUGUCCUAUGGAUUCCCAGAGCACCUACACUCAGUUUUGACCCUUCUGGGACCUUGCCAAUCCACAUCAAGAGUUGGAUUCAGUUUUCCCCCACACCCUUGUACCCAGGGUCAGAAAGCUUGGAUAGAGAAGACCUUUUGCAAACGGGAAUGCGUCUUUGUCAUUCCCAGCACAAAAGACCCUAACAGGUGUUGCUGUGGCCAGCUCAUCAACCAGCAUAUUCCCCCUCUGCCAAGUGCAACACCCAGCAAAAAUGGAGAGGAGAACAAACAGGCGGAGACUCAGCCUGAGAAGUGGGCUGUCAGCAAACACACCCAGAGCUAUCCAACAGAUGCCUAUGGAAUUCUGGAGUUCCAGGGAGGUGGAUACUCCAACAAAGCCAUGUACAUCCGGGUCUCCUACGACACCAAGCCGGAUUCUCUGCUUCAUCUCAUGGUGAAAGACUGGCAGCUGGAACUCCCCAAGCUCUUAAUAUCCGUGCAUGGAGGCCUUCAGAACUUCGAGAUGCAGCCCAAGCUGAAGCAGGUCUUUGGGAAAGGCCUGAUCAAAGCUGCCAUGACCACAGGGGCCUGGAUCUUCACUGGGGGUGUCAGCACCGGUGUCAUCAGCCACGUGGGGGAUGCCUUGAAAGAUCACUCCUCCAAAUCCAGAGGCCGUGUUUGUGCCAUAGGAAUUGCUCCAUGGGGCAUGGUGGAGAAUAAGGAAGACCUGGUUGGAAAGGAUGUGACCAGAGUGUAUCAGACCAUGUCCAACCCACUGAGUAAGCUCUCAGUGCUGAACAACUCCCACACACACUUCAUCCUGGCCGACAACGGCACCCUGGGCAAGUAUGGCGCUGAGGUGAAGCUGAGAAGGCAACUGGAAAAGCACAUCUCUCUGCAGAAGAUCAACACAAGACUGGGCCAGGGCGUGCCUGUCGUGGCGCUUGUGGUGGAAGGUGGCCCCAAUGUGGUCUCCGUGGUCUUGGAAUACCUCCGGGAAGAACCUCCAGUCCCCGUGGUGGUGUGUGACGGCAGCGGACGAGCCUCGGACAUUUUGUCUUUUGCACACAAGUACUGUGAAGAAGGAGGAACAAUAAAUGAGUCGCUCAGAGAUCAGCUUCUGGUCACUGUUCAGAAGACAUUUAACUACAGCAGGUCACAGUCGCAGCAGCUGCUGGCAAUUAUAAUGGAGUGCAUGAAGAAGAAAGAACUCGUCACGGUGUUUAGAAUGGGUUCAGAGGGUCAUCAGGAUGUGGAGAUGGCCAUUCUAACUGCGCUGCUGAAAGGAACAAAUGCGUCAGCUCCAGAUCAGCUGAGCCUGGCCCUGGCCUGGAACCGUGUAGAUAUUGCUCGGAGCCAAAUCUUCGUCUUUGGGCCCCACUGGCCGCCCCUGGGAAGCCUGGCACCUCCAACAGACAGCAAAGUCACAGAGAAGGAGAAGAAGCCACCCAUGGCCACCACCAAGGGGAGAGGAAAAGGAAAGGGCAAGAAGAAAGGAAAAGCGAAAGAGGAAGCAGAGGAAGAAAUGGACCCCCGGAAGCUGGAACUGCUAAACUGGGUGAAUGCGUUGGAGCAAGCCAUGCUGGACGCCUUAGUCCUAGAUCGUGUGGAAUUCGUGAAGCUCCUGAUUGAAAACGGAGUGAACAUGCAACACUUUCUCACCAUCCCCAGGCUGGAGGAGCUUUACAACACAAGACUGGGUCCACCCAAUACACUUCACCUGCUGGUGCGGGACGUCAGAAAGAGCAAUCUUCCACCUGAUUACCACAUCAGCCUCAUAGACAUAGGGCUCGUCCUGGAAUACCUCAUGGGAGGAGCCUACCGCUGCAACUACACCAGGAAAAGCUUUCGGACCCUUUACAACAACUUGUUUGGACCAAAGAGGCCUAAAGCUCUUAAACUUCUGGGAAUGGAAGAUGACGAACCUCCCACAAAAGGGAAGAAAAAGAAAAAGAAGAAGAAGGAGGAGGAGAUUGACAUCGAUGUGGACGACCCCGCCGUGAGCCGCUUCCAAUACCCCUUCCACGAGCUCAUGGUGUGGGCUGUGCUGAUGAAACGUCAGAGGAUGGCCAUCUUCCUGUGGCAGCGAGGCGAGGAGAGCAUGGCCAAGGCCUUGGUGGCCUGCAAGCUCUACAAGGCCAUGGCCCAUGAGUCCUCUGAGAGCGAGCUGGUCGAUGACAUCUCCCAGGACCUGGACAACAACUCCAAAGACUUUGGCCAGCUUGCAGUGGAGUUGUUAGACCAGUCAUAUAAGCAUGAUGAGCAGAUUGCCAUGAAACUUCUGACCUAUGAGCUGAAGAACUGGAGUAACUCCACCUGCCUCAAACUGGCCGUUGCAGCCAAACACCGGGACUUCAUCGCACACACCUGCAGCCAGAUGCUGCUGACUGACAUGUGGAUGGGAAGGCUGCGAAUGAGGAAAAACCCUGGCCUGAAGGUUAUCAUGGGGAUCCUUCUACCCCCAACAAUCUUGUUUCUGGAAUUUCGCACUUAUGAUGAUUUCUCCUAUCAAACAUCCAAAGAAAAUGAAGAUGGCAAAGAGAAAGAGGAGGAGAAUAUGGAUGCAAGUGCAGAUGCUGGUUCCAGAAAGGGGGAUGAGGAGAAUGAGCACAAAAAACAAAAAAGCAUUCCCAUUGGAACCAAGAUCUGUGAAUUCUACAACGCUCCCAUUGUCAAGUUCUGGUUUUACACAAUUUCCUACUUGGGCUACCUACUGCUGUUUAAUUACGUCAUCUUGGUGCGCAUGGACGGCUGGCCCUCCCUCCAGGAGUGGAUCGUCAUCUCCUACAUUGUCACCCUGGCACUAGAGAAAAUACGAGAGAUUCUCAUGUCAGAACCAGGCAAGCUCAGCCAGAAAAUCAAAGUUUGGCUUCAGGAGUACUGGAACAUCACAGACCUCGUGGCCAUUUCCAUGUUCAUGAUUGGAGCAAUCCUUCGCCUGCAGAACCAGCCAUACAUGGGCUAUGGCCGAGUGAUCUACUGUGUGGAUAUCAUCCUCUGGUACAUCCGUGUGCUGGACAUUUUUGGAGUCAACAAGUAUCUGGGACCCUACGUGAUGAUGAUUGGAAAGAUGAUGAUCGACAUGCUAUAUUUUGUGGUCAUCAUGCUGGUGGUGCUGAUGAGUUUCGGAGUGGCCCGGCAAGCCAUCUUGCACCCAGAGGAGAAGCCUUCUUGGAAGCUGGCCCGAAACAUCUUCUACAUGCCCUACUGGAUGAUCUACGGAGAGGUGUUUGCAGACCAGAUAGACCUCUACGCCAUGGAAAUUAAUCCUCCUUGUGGUGAAAACCUCUAUGAUGAGGAUGGCAAGAGGCUGCCUCCCUGCAUCCCCGGAGCCUGGCUCACGCCAGCCCUCAUGGCCUGCUACUUGCUGGUAGCCAACAUCCUGCUGGUCAACCUCCUGAUUGCUGUUUUCAACAACACCUUCUUCGAAGUCAAGUCCAUAUCCAACCAGGUGUGGAAGUUCCAGCGCUACCAGCUCAUCAUGACGUUUCACGACCGGCCGGUCCUGCCGCCGCCCUUGAUCGUGCUCAGCCACAUCUACAUCAUCCUGACGCGGCUCGGGGGCCGCUGCCGCAAGAAGCGGGAAGGCGACCAGGAGGAGCGCGACCGUGGGCUCAAGCUGUUCCUCAGCGAGGAGGAGCUCAAGCGGCUGCACGAGUUCGAGGAGCAGUGCGUGCAGGAGCACUUCCGGGAGAAGGAGGACGAGCAGCAGUCAUCCAGUGAGGAGCGCAUCAGGGUCACGUGCGAGAGAGUGGAAAAUAUGUCCAUGAGAUUGGAAGAAAUCAAUGAGAGAGAAAAUUUCAUGAAAACUUCCCUGCAGACUGUGGACCUGCGACUGUCUCAGCUGGAAGAGUUAUCCAGCAGAAUGGUGAAUGCGCUAGAAAACCUUGCUGGGAUUGACAAAUCGGAGCUGAUCCAGACCCGCUCCCGGGCCUCAUCGGAAUGCGACGCGACCUUCCUGCUCCGGCAGAGUAGUAUCAACAGUGCUGAUGGCUACAGCAUGUACCGCUAUCAUUUCAACGGGGAGGAGCUGCUGCUGGAGGACCCCUCUCUCUCCAUGCCUCCGGGACCAGGAGGCAGGAGGAGAGCUUGUUCCUUCUGUGCGAAGGAGGAAAAGGGCGGGAAGACACACCUGAUGCCCGGCACACCCGCCGCACCAGACAGCAACCGACUGGCCGUGGACAAUAGCCAGAACCCCUCGGAACCCAAAUUAGGUCCAGAGAUAGGGAUUUCAGCCGGAGUUGAUGAAAGGCGCGUGGAAUGCAGUCAAAGAGAAGAAAUGACUUCCUCAAGUUUACAUCAAACAGAUGUCGCACAUGGGCAGAAGCAGGCAGAUCUUCAAAACCCUCAGCUGACAGUGGACACAGCGAAACUAGAAGGCACCGUUUCCUACCCCUCGGAGGAACCCAAAGUUACUCGUUAUUACCCUGACGAUACGUUUAACGCCUGUCAAACAGUGCGGUCCAGAAGCUUUGUCUACUCGGAGGGAAGAAAGCUGAUGGGUGGCGUGAGCACCUGGAGUGCUGAGUACAGCUCCAUCAUGGACCAGGUGCGCCCCGCCGCCGUGCAAGAGUGGACCGCUGAGUGGAAAUGUCAGGUGCAGAAGAUCACGCGGUCCCGAAGCACCAACAUCCCCACCAUCGUGUCGGAAGCCGCGGUGCAAGCCGAGCUCAGAGAGCUGUCCAAGGACACUGAGGACGGCCACUGUGUUUCCCACACAGCCCCGCGUUUAUCCCUGACAGCGACCGGGAGAUCAGAGCAGGGGAAUUUGCUGUCUGUGAAGCCAGAGCAGGCUUUGGGGUUCCCGUCUCUCCGGUCCAAGAGCUUGCAUGGCCACCCGAGGAGCAGCGUCAGGUCCCUCCAAGGCAGAUUAGACAGAUCUGGGCAUGCCAGCAGUGUGAGUAACUUAGUCAUUGUAUCCGGAUUAACGAAGGAAGAACCAAAACUUGCGCAAGAGAAAACUUCCACAGAAACUGAAUGCUAA